UUUUGGCCUCAGUUCAGUUCUCUUUCAACGAUCGCAGAGUUCGGUUCACUCGGGCUCGAGUUCACUGUCGCUCGAGAAUAAAUCCAAAAAAGAGACUCGCGGACCCCAAUUGCACCUUUCAAACGGCAAUUAAUCAAUGGAGAAAAUAAAUAAAUACAUAUGAGUACCUUUCCUUUGUGCGCAAAUCGAAAGCAGUGACAAUAGCCGAAGGCAACCGCGAGUAAAAAGAAGUUUAAUAAAAGUGGCGUCCUCCAAACAAACGACAGAAAAUACAGAAAACGAGUUAUGAAAAUACAAAUUGUGGCCGUGCCAUGUGAGAAUGUGUGUUGAAAAUUGUUAUAACGAAACGAGAUUUGCCGCUUGUGGUCGUUGUUAUUGUUGCUAUUCCGAUCUGUGAUCGGUGAUCGACAAGCGUCAACUGAAAUUGGAUUUUCGGCGCCCACCGUGACAAAACCAAAAAAAAGAUAUAUAAAAACACCCAUCCUACACAUCAACACCUGAGAUAGCGACAACAUUUGGCGCUACAUGAAAUUUUAAUUAAAAAAUCUGUCCGAAAAUAAAGUAGAAAUUACUUGCAGCGGCAAAAAGUUUCUAUGAGAACCGGCGCAUGUAUCUGUGAAUCCGCCAGAUACUUAGUAUCCGUGUGUGCCUGCAUCUCCAGGUGUCCGUGCGCCUGUGUGAGUGUUUGAUGUAAGCAGACGUGAAAUUGGAUUAACUUUGACAGACGCACGGCGGUUUUUAAUUACCAGCAAGAGUUUUUUGGGAUUACCAGCGGAAAGUUGGACAGCUCCCCAGCUGGGCGGAAUUGUAUGAAGCGGCAAAUCAACCAGAAAGCAGCUAAACCAACGGAAUGGAAAAAAUGCUAGACCACGCCGUUUGUCGAGCGCUGACGAUUUGACGCCGAGCUGUGUCUGGAAGGAAACGCGACUCGCUUUUCCGGCUCUCGAGGCGCCUCCACGCGGAGUGAGGCGCGACCGCAGAGAAGGUCGAAGGUCAGCCACCGAAGACCCAACGACCACCGAAAGGGGUCUCAGUUCACCCGAAUCGAAGAAGCUAAGUAAGACGCACAGAAUGCGACACAACAGAGUGAAGGUCCUGCUCCCAGGAGUCCUUCUGGUGCUCCUCCUGACCUCCGCCUGUCGGGCGGACGGACCGCAGCACAUCCCGGACCACGGAAUGGGCAUGGGCAUGGGCCACGGACUGGACGCGAGUCCCGCUCCUGGUUAUGGAGUGCCUGCCAUCCCGAAGGACCCGAACAUGCGCUGCGAGGAGAUCACCAUCCCGAUGUGCCGAGGGAUCGGCUACAACAUGACCUCCUUCCCCAACGAGAUGAACCACGAGACGCAGGACGAGGCCGGGCUGGAGGUGCACCAGUUCUGGCCGCUGGUGGAGAUCAAGUGCUCGCCGGACCUCAAGUUCUUCCUCUGCAGCAUGUACACGCCCAUCUGCCUGGACGACUACUACAAGCCGCUCCCCGUCUGCCGCAGCGUCUGCGAGCGAGCCCGCUCCGGCUGCGCUCCGAUCAUGCAGCAGUACAGCUUCGAGUGGCCGGAGCGGAUGGCCUGCGAGCACCUGCCGCUGCACGGCGACCCGGACAACCUCUGCAUGGAGCAGCCCUCCUACACGGAGGCGGGAAGCGGCUCCUCGGGAUCGGGAGGCUCGGGAGGAUCGAGUGGAGGCUCCGGUUCGGGGGGCAAGAGGAAGCAGGGAGGCAGCGGAUCCGGAAGCAGCGGAUCCGGCGGAUCGGGCACCACAAGCUCCAAGUGCCGCGGACGCAACUCAAAAAACUGCCAAAGCCCCCAAGGAGAAAAGGGAAGCGGAAAAGAGUGCAGCUGCUCGUGCCGCUCGCCGCUCAUCUUCCUGGGGAAGGAGCAGCUGCUGCAGCAGCAGCAGCAGCAGGCGGCGCAGGCGCAGAUGCCGAUGAUGCACCAUCCGCACCACUGGUACAUGAACCUCACUGUCCAAAGGAUCGCCGGCGUGCCAAGCUGCGGCAUCCCGUGCAAGGGCCCCUUCUUCAGCAACGACGAAAAGGACUUCGCCGGCCUCUGGAUCGCUCUGUGGUCGGGUCUGUGCUUCUGCAGCACGCUCAUGACCCUAACCACGUUCAUCAUCGACACCGAAAGGUUUAAGUACCCCGAGCGACCCAUUGUGUUCCUCUCCGCCUGCUACUUCAUGGUGGCCGUGGGCUACCUCUCGCGGAACUUCCUCCAGAACGAGGAGAUCGCCUGCGACGGCCUGCUGCUCCGCGAGAGCUCGACGGGUCCGCACUCCUGCACGCUGGUCUUCCUGCUGACCUACUUCUUCGGCAUGGCCUCCUCCAUCUGGUGGGUGAUCCUCAGCUUCACCUGGUUCCUCGCCGCCGGCCUCAAGUGGGGCAACGAGGCGAUCACGAAGCACUCGCAGUACUUCCACCUGGCCGCCUGGCUCAUCCCCACCGUCCAGUCGGUGGCCGUGCUGCUGCUCUCCGCGGUGGACGGGGACCCCAUCCUGGGCAUCUGCUACGUGGGCAACCUCAACCCCGACCACCUGAAGACCUUCGUGCUGGCCCCGCUGUUCGUGUACCUCGUCAUCGGCACCACCUUCCUGAUGGCCGGCUUUGUGUCCUUGUUCCGCAUCCGAUCGGUGAUCAAGCAGCAGGGCGGCGUUGGAGCCGGGGUGAAGGCGGACAAGCUGGAGAAGCUCAUGAUCCGCAUCGGGAUCUUCUCGGUGCUCUACACCGUUCCGGCGACCAUCGUCAUCGGGUGCUACCUGUACGAGGCGGCCUACUUCGAGGAUUGGAUCAAAGCUCUCGCUUGUCCCUGUGCCCAGGUGAAGGGUCCCGGCAAGAAGCCGCUCUACUCCGUGCUCAUGCUCAAGUACUUCAUGGCCCUGGCCGUGGGCAUCACCUCCGGUGUGUGGAUCUGGUCGGGCAAGACCCUCGAGAGCUGGCGCCGCUUCUGGAGGCGCCUCUUCGGAGCGCCAGAUCGCACCGGCGCCAACCAAGCGCUGAUCAAGCAGCGGCCACCCAUCCCGCAUCCGUACGCCGGCUCCGGAAUGGGAAUGCCCGUGGGAUCCGCGGCGGGAUCCCUGCUGGCCACGCCCUACACCCAGGCGGGCGGCGCCUCGGUGGCCUCCACCAGCCACCACCACCUGCACCACCACGUUCUCAAGCAGCCGGCGGCCAGCCACGUAUGACAUGGAGAGUCGGGG